GCGAAAUGGAGAAGUUCGGACAGCCUCUCGGAGGAUCCUGUGCCGGCUGAUAACCGCCGGCUGGUCCCAGGGACCCAGGACUUGGUCUCGAUGACAGUAUUCCACGGGUUCAGUGGACGCUUGCCAAUCUGGUCCUGCGGCUGGACUUUUGGCUGACCGCUAGUGGCAGCGGACGUGGGGCUCCAAGGAGGCGCGGUCCAGUCCUGGCCCGCCACCCUGGAGGCAUGGUCCUUUGGGCCACCAUCCUAAUUCUGCAGGGAGCUGGCCUCGUCGGUUCGAUGCCCGGUAAUCCAGGGGUGCCCGAGAACAUAACUGUUAUGUUUGUCAACCCGACAUCCGUCCGCGUUUCAUGGAGCAUGAGACAGGUGGAUUCGGUCGAUAAAUACGACGUGACUUACAAGCCGACCGAUGCCAGGGUCGUGGCGAUUGUCGCUGGAAACAGCGAAGCAGUUACACUGAGUGGCCUGCGUGCUGACACUCAGUACCAGCUUUUUGUCACGGCAGUUCGAGCUGGAAUAAGGCUGAGGAGUCGUCCCAUCGUCUUCCGAACGCUAGAACCGCCGAAGACGUCGCCGCAGCAGGACGCAGCUGGAGCUGUGACUGGAGGUCCUGUGACGCCGCCAGGUCCACCAUCGGCUCAUCAGCCUCAGGCCUACAUUCAAAUCCGGGGGGUCGAGGUUGGAAUCGUUGUGUUGGUCCUGGUCGUCUGGGCCGGAGCGAUUGCACUGUUUUUUAACAGGUGGGGAAAGAUAAGGAUGCUGCUUCCUUACCAGCCUGACUACAAGGAACAGCUCAAGGUUCCCGGAACCGGUGUUUGUGCCGCUGCCACCAACACCUGCAACCAGCACUCGACGCAACACGCCUGCUCUCAGCAUCUGCACUGGUCGAACCACCACGUCGAUUCUCUAGACAGCGCUGGUGGCCUCGGUUGGCCAAGGCCUACAAGACCCCGUGUUAAUAGCGCGAUAGACGUCGCCGGGUUUCUGUCCCAGGAAUUCGUGCGGCGACACGGUUCGACUUCGAGGCUUUGUCGGAAAGUUCGCAGUGCAGAUAAUUUGCCGUUGGCGGCUUCGAGCAGCCGUCAACACGAUCAAAGGGGACUCCACAACCUCCGGGACGAUCUCGGCGAGGAUGAGCGACCCGACGACCGCGAGAUUUUCCUCAAGUCUUCUUCCGGGGGGAAUCAGGAUUCUGGAGAAUCGCAGGACCGCAGGACUCCUUUAGUCAAGGACGAGGAGGGUGCCUCGGUGGCGCAGAUAAAUUUGGAAAAUUUACCCAAGGAAACCGAAACUUCGAGCCAGGAAUCCUCCUAUCAGCUACACGGCUUGAGGGAGGCUGCAGGGGCAACCCCGUCCCUUAUGGCUCGCCGUUUUGGGGGAUGGCGUGUCAGCGGAAGUCACGAAUACGUCCGAUGUCCGGUGCGUCAGCCUGCCUCAAUUGACGAGCGAUAUUACCGUCGAUCCUGCGAGCCAGAUUUCGCGAGAUUGGGUCGUCACCACAACCAUCAGUCACAUCAUCAUCAGCAGCUCCACAGCGAUCAUCAUUCCAAGAGUUGCGAUUACGCGCGACGCGCAACACCGGAAACGAGCGGCACCGAACCGCAGCAUUUCGGUCUCCCGAUUCUGAGCAUCUCCGAGCCAAGUCCCCCCGACGAAAUGGACCGCGUUGACGAGUACUUGUAGAAUUUGCUUGCCGAGGAGUUCGUCGAGGAACUCCUCGUGUGACCGCGGAGCAACGCUCGCGUCACAGUCGUCAUCCUCAUCGUCAUCGUGACACUCGUCAAGCCGUGUGAGGACUUGUGAUAAAAGCAUAAUAUAUACACUUACAUAUAUAUA